GCUGGCCGCGCCGCGCCACGCCGGUGCCCAAGCGGGAAGCCCAGGCUGCGCGCGUCCAGCUGCGGCGCGGGGAGCACCCGGGGGCGGGGGCUGGCAGGCGGACAGCGGCUGCGGGGCGGCCGGAGAGCAUGCCCGCGCAGCCCCGCUGAAUGGCGCCUUCUCUGCGACCCCUCGUCCGUCUGCGGCCGCCAGGGAUGCUGCUCCGCGCGCUCCUGCUGCUCCUCUGCUCCGUUCCAGGAGUGUGGUGCUUUAGCGAGCUGUUUUUUAUAAGAGAACCACAGGAUGUAACUGUCACAAGAAAGGACCCAGUCAUUUUAGAGUGCCAAGCUCAUGGAGAAGUUCCUAUUAAGGUCACAUGGUUGAAAAAUGGAGCAAAAGUGUCUGAAAAUAAACGGAUCCAGGUUCUGUCUAACGGCUCUUUAUACAUCAGUGAGGUGGAAGGCAAGCGAGGAGAGUACGCUGAUGAAGGAUUUUAUCAGUGCUUGGCAAUGAACAAAUAUGGAGCCAUCCUUAGUCAAAAAGCUCAUCUUACCUUAUCAACUAUUUCUGCAUUUGAAGUUCAACCAGUUUCUACUGAGGUCCAAGAAGGUGGAGUUGCUAGAUUUGCAUGCAAGAUUUCAUCAAACCCUCCUGCAGUCAUAACAUGGGAAUUAAACCGGACAACCCUACCUGUAACUACGGACAGGAUAACUACCCUGCCAACAGGAGUAUUGCAGAUCUAUGACGUUGGCCACGGGGAUGCUGGAAAUUACCGUUGUGUUGCUGCUACUGUAGCCCACAGGCGUAAGAGUGUGGAGGCCUCUCUAACAGUGAUUCCAGCUAAGGAGUCUAAAUCCUUUCACACACCAACCAUUAUAGCAGGUCCACAGAAUAUAACGACAUCUCUUCAUCAGACUGUUGUUUUGGAAUGUGUGGCCAUUGGAAAUCCCAAACCAAUCAUUUCUUGGAGCCGUCUUGAUCACAAGUCCAUUGAUGUCUUUAAUACUCGGGUACUUGGAAAUGGUAAUCUCAUGAUAUCUGAUGUCAAGCUGCAACAUGCUGGAGUAUAUGUUUGUCGGGCCACUACCCCAGGCACACGAAACUUUACUGUUGCCAUGGCAACGUUAACUGUAUUAGCUCCUCCUUCAUUUGUCGAAUGGCCAGAAAGUUUAACGAGGCCUCGAGCUGGCACUGCUCGAUUUGUAUGUCAGGCGGAAGGAAUCCCCUCACCCAAAAUGUCAUGGUUGAAAAACGGAAGGAAGAUACAUUCAAAUGGUAGAAUUAAAAUGUACAACAGUAAAUUGGUAAUUAACCAGAUUAUUCCUGAAGAUGAUGCUAUUUAUCAGUGCAUGGCUGAGAACAGUCAAGGAUCUAUUUUAUCUAGAGCCAGACUGACUGUAGUAAUGUCAGAAGACAGACCCAGUGCUCCCUAUAAUGUGCAUGCUGAAACCAUGUCAAGUUCAGCCAUCCUUUUAGCUUGGGAGAGGCCACUUUAUAAUUCAGACAAAGUCAUCGCUUAUUCUGUGCACUACAUGAAAGCAGAAGGUUUAAAUAAUGAAGAGUAUCAAGUAGUCAUCGGAAAUGACACAACUCAUUAUAUUAUCGAUGACUUAGAACCUGCCAGCAAUUAUACUUUCUACAUUGUGGCAUAUAUGCCAAUGGGAGCCAGCCAGAUGUCCGACCAUGUGACACAGAAUACUUUAGAGGAUGUUCCCCUGAGACCUCCUGAAAUUAGCUUGACAAGUCGAAGUCCCACCGAUAUUCUCAUCUCCUGGCUGCCAAUCCCAGCCAAAUACCGGCGGGGCCAAGUGGUGCUGUAUCGCCUGUCCUUCCGCCUCAGCACUGAGAAUUCCAUCCAAGUUCUGGAGCUCCCGGGGACCAUGCAUGAGUACCUUCUGGAGGGCCUGAAACCUGAUAGUGUCUACCUGGUGCGGAUUACUGCUGCCACCAGAGUGGGGCUGGGAGAGUCGUCAGUGUGGACUUCACACAGGACACCCAAAGCUACAAGUGUGAAAGCCCCUAAAUCCCCAGAGUUACAUCUGGAGCCUCUGAACUGUACCACCAUUUCUGUGAAGUGGCAGCAAGAUGCUGAGGACACAGCAACCAUUCAGGGCUACAAGCUGUACUACAAGGAAGAAGGGCAGCAGGAGAACGGACCCAUUUUCUUGGGUACCAGUGACCUUGUCUACACUCUCAGUGGUUUAGACCCCAGAAGAAAAUAUCAUGUGAGGCUGCUGGCUUACAGCAACAUAGAGGAUGGCUACCAGGCAGACCAGACAGCCAGCACUCCAGGAUGCGUGUCUGUUCGAGAUCGGAUGGUUCCUCCUCCACCACCACCCCACCACCUCUAUGCAAAGGCCAACACCUCGUCUUCCAUCUUCCUGCACUGGAGGAGGCCUGCGUUCACCACUGCCCAAGUAAUUAACUACACCAUCCGCUGUAACCCUGUCGGCCUGCAGAAUGCUUCUUUGGUUCUGUACCUUCAAACAUCAGAAACUCACAUGUUGGUUCAAGGUCUGGAACCAAACACCAAAUAUGAAUUUGCUGUUCGAUUACAUGUGGAUCAGCUUUCCAGUCCCUGGAGCCCCGUUGUCUACCAGGCUACUCUUCCAGAAGCACCAGCAGGCCCACCAGUUGGAGUAAAGGUGACGUUGAUAGAAGAUGACACUGCUCUGGUUUCUUGGAAACCCCCUGAUGGCCCAGAGACAGUUGUGACGCGCUAUACUAUCUUAUAUGCGUCCAGGAAGGCCUGGAUUGCAGGAGAGUGGCAGGUCCUACACCGAGAAGGGGCAAUGACCAUGGCCUUGCUAGAAAACCUGGUGGCAGGAAAUGUGUACAUCGUCAAGAUAUCUGCCUCUAAUGAGGUGGGAGAAGGACCCUUUUCAAAUUCUGUAGAGCUGGCAGUACUUCCAAAGGAAACUUCUGAGUCAAAUCAGAGGCCCAAGCGUCUAGAUUCUGCUGAUGCCAAAGUUUAUUCAGGCUAUUACCAUCUGGACCAAAAAUCAAUGACUGGCAUUGCCGUAGGCGUUGGCAUCGCCUUGACCUGCAUCCUCAUCUGUGUUCUCAUCUUGAUAUACCGAAGUAAAGCCAGAAAAUCAUCAGCUUCCAAGAUGGUACAGAAUGGCACUCAACAUUUAUCUCGGACCAGUGCCUCCCUAGCUAUUGGGAAUGAAGUAGGAAAGAACCUGGAAGGAGCUGUAGAAAAUGAAGAAUCCUUAAUGCCGAUGAUAAUGCCAAACAACUUCAUUGAUGCAAAGGGAGGAACGGACCUGAUAAUUAAUAGCUAUGGUCCUAUAAUUAAAAACAACUCUAAGAAAAAAUGGCUUUUUUUCCAAGAUUCUAAGAAGACGAAAGUUGAGCAGCCUCAAAGAAGAUUUACUCAAGCAGUCUGCUUUUACCAGCCAGGCACUACUGUAUUAAUCAGUGAUGAAGACUCCCCCAGCUCCCCAGGUCAAACAACCAGCUUCCCAAGACCCUUUGGUGUUACAGCUGAUACUGAGCAUUCGGCGAAUAGUGAAGGCAGCCAUGAGACUGGGGAUUCUGGAAGGUUCUCCCACGAGUCCAAUGAUGAGAUACACCUGUCUUCAGUUAUAAGUACCACCCCCCUGACCUCCAGUUCCUUCACUGGCAGUGAUUCUGGUGGGGAUCCCUCACUGAGGAGAUGUGACGACCCUGCAGUGCCAUUGGAUGCUGAGCAAACUUCCUCUUCCGUUCUGCAGCCCCCAUCUGCCAUGAUGUGCUUUGAUAAAAAUGAUUUUCCAAUCUAGACGGCCAUGUUCAGGUAUUCUCACCUUUGAGCCUGUUCGAAGGACAAUGAACAGGGAGCCAAAGCCUUUUGUGAAAAUCUUGAUGUCUUAUUGGGUAUUUCAGCUUUUUUUGAAUGUGUUUUGUUUUUUAUUUUUAAACUCACGUAUUUUGAAUGUUUCGUUGUCAGCAAUGUGAAAAGACAGUCAAGAUAUUUGACUGGAUUAUAAAAUAUAUCACUGGAGCGAAGGGAAGACUUUCGAAAGCCCCUUUGCUGACUAUCUACCUCAGUUUGCCAGGUGGUAAACUCAGAAGACAACUUUGUUACCUCGUUUGUUGUGAUAGUUUAUCUCAGCUGCAUAACCAAUGAUACUUCCUAGUAGCAUUUUGUUUUCAUUGCUGUAUGUGUAUGUGUGUGAUCAAAGGAGUCAUAUAGGUAGAUGAGUAAGAAUGUUUAUCUGAAGCUCUGAUUUUUUAAAAAACUAUGACAUCUGCAUGGUUUGGAUAAUUUAACACCUCUGGUUGUGAGGACGUCAAACCACUGAGAAGAGAAAAAGUGGGACUGUUUAUUUUAAUGAAUAACCAAAACAAAAAAGUGUAUCUCUUUUGAGAACAGAACUACUCAGUAGCAUAGAGGGAAUACUGUUGCUUCAACGGCCUUUGUGUUGUGGGCGUUGGGUCUGAGCGCUUGAUCUGCUGUAUCCCAAACCUCAGCCUGCCCAGAGCCGGGCCUUUUCUGCUUCCCCUUUGCCUGACACGGCCAAAGGCUGCACUGUCUAGAUUGCAAAGCAUCUUCAACAUUUCCAGUAUCAGCUGCAAAACCAUGCAGAAAGCAGAUAAAGAAUGGGUUAUAGUAUUUGGUUUCUUUUUUUUUUUUUUGGAAUCCCAGCUUGGCUUAAAGUGGUGAAGAAAUUUCAUGAAAUAGUAAGAAUGAAGAUAAAUGCAACAGUAGGCAGUAAAAUGAACUUGAGUUAUCAUAGUAACAGUGCCUUCCAUUAUAUAUUAUGAAAUUCCUUGCCUUAUAUCUUUUUAAUAUUCAUGAAGUUGUUCAGGACAGGAGUAGAAAGAGUUGCCUUAAGAGUUUCUUGGAUUAUAUCAAUGACUAUUUUGAUGUACAGUAUCUUAUCAAAGCGUUUGGUUUGUUUUCAUGCAGGUUUUGUUUAGGGCUAAGUAUUCAGAGCUCUACAACCCUACUUGUAUUUUCUUGAAUUCGUAAGAGAGUUUGGUACUCUAUUCUUCCUUCAGUGUCAAUGCUGUGAACGAGAAGUUCUAACUUCAGGAGUGAGUUAAUCCUCUUCCUGGUUUGAAAUCAGCAAACUAUUUCCUUAGCCACAUAGACUAGUCUUCCUCUCAAUCACGAGACACUUACCUACCAGGUGACCAGCGGUGGGAGAGGAUAAAGAUUUAAACACAUGGUGUAGAGAGGGGGCCCCAUAUCUUUUUUAAAGCAUUUUUUCAAAUUAUCUGGAAAUGACUUUUGUGCCUCGUUUUAAAAGGAAUCUUAAUGGGUUUCCCCUUGAAACCUUUGGUUUAGAAAGGGGGGCUCAUGGUAAAGGGUGUUCUAAAAUCAAAUAUUAGUCCCCCCUCUAUCAUCUCCUAUCCUAACAUCUGAUGAUACAACAUUUUUUUUUUUACUGUUUUUUAAUCUGUAGUUUUGUGCCAAACUGGAUGUGUUCAGAAGCAUACCAACAUUAAGUGCCAGCAACCACUUCUGAACUAAAUUCAAAGUCCCCCAUUUAGCUAUCUGAGUAUGGGCUUCCUGGCAAAACAAAAGAAGCAGAGCUUUAGGUGAACAAUCUGAGGCAAGGAAAAAUGCCUCUCCUGCCUUUAUAGCUCCUGUUUUAUACUACCUCCUUUUAAAGUUAUUCUAGUAUUAUUUUUUUUUCCUGUACUCAGGGAACAUUUUGUUACUUUUGAGCUGCCUCAUGGAAGCAUGGGCAAAUUGACAGGGUAUGGCGUUUUUGGGUUUGUAAGUAGAAGUAUGUGGGGCCAACUUUUAUCAGUAUCAGAAAUUAAGGA